CGCAUGAAUAUGGAAAUUCGCCCGAGCUGACGGAGCUAUGGGACCGGCUACAGCACGAGGGCCGAUGCUGCGGAGUCACUGGACCGCAAGAUUUUGCACUCAAUGCAAACCGUACAUACCCGACAUCCUGCUGCACAUCCGACAUCACGGAGCAGAUCAGCAUAGGACGGCGACCACUCGCUUCCGCCAUCGUAUUUCGGGGCGGCGAGGAUCCAACGGCGGCCGUUGCUGCCGCAACCGAGCUGGCGGCUAGUACGAUAAAGGACACACUGCUGAUGAGUCGGAACUUUAGCGAGCUCAGUGACUCCUGGAGCCUAAUAACGGCUCCCAGCAGUGGCAGUAGUGCAAGCGGAGCAAGCACCGAACCACUGCAGCAGCAAAAUGGUGUCAUCAUCGAGGAGGGCGCCCCUGGGACCGGCCAGUCUGCAGUCAGUAGCACCAGCGCCAGUGAUAGUAGCAGUACCUUCAGUUCCAGUACUAACCACGGCACCAGCUACGGCUCAACGACCGGUAGCAGUUCCGGUAGUUCUACCGGUGCCAGUUCAGUUUCCGGGGGCGAAACGGAAGAAAUCAAAACGAUCGUCACAUGCCGGGCUGUAUAUCCCCAGGGUUGCGCAGAACGAAUCGUGUCCUGGCUGCGACAUACAGCUGAUAUACUAUUUGUUCUCGGUUACUGCGUGAUAGCUUUCCUGAAGCUAUGCUUCCUUGGCAUCUUGCGGUACGAGAUCAAGGAAAUGAUACAGAAGAUCAAGUUGUUGCAAACGGAAAUGUCCGGCGCGAUCCUCAACGGUGUCGACUGUGAUCAGCAACAGAUACAGCAGUUUACCUUAUUGCAGCAAGUGACGAGCACAUCGGUCAAUGGUGGCAUCCAUGCGGAACCGAAGGUAGGCAAUCGGGACCGCGAAAGGACACGUGUCGGGUCGGCGGAAAGCGAGCGGGAAUCAUUGUUGACGCAAGAAAACACUCCCAAACAGCUGCUCAAGCACAAGCAGCUCUACACGUGCAUUAACGAACAGCAGCAGCAGCAGCAGCAACAACAGCCGCAACACAUCUGUGGCCAGUCCUCGUUGGCGGGCAGCAGUGGUGCCACGACGGGUGCAGGCGGAGGCCCGGCCGGAGGUGCCGGUGGCUGUGAGUCGGAUACUAACUCCAACUGUGCCCUGCUGGUGGAGGACAACAACGGUCCAUCGUUGCUGUCCACCGCAACCGGCACGACCAAGACAAUAAACGGUAAUAACAACUACGAGCUGUGCGAAUUCGACGCCAAGGUGCCCACCUACAGUUCGAAGUGAAAGCAUCAAGCACCAAUGUGUACACCCCGAUUUACCCUUUCUGGUAGUGUAUUUAGCCUGAGCGUUCCUUUUUCGCACCGAACUCAAAAGUAUAGUUUGGCAGACGUACACAACAACACCCUCACACACACACACACACACACACACACACACACAUAAUUUAUUACCAUUGCGCGAUCAAGACACCAUUAUCCUUUAGGCAUGAACACUUCCGACAAUGAUGUGCGACUAGCUGAAGUGCAAGAGUAUUUGUAGGCGUCCUUUCCAACUCCUGUGAUAGAUGCAUUCGCCCCGGUAGAACUUGAUCGAAACAGUAAACAAUUUAACAGUGCCAGAGUUUUGCUAUUAAGAAUGCAUGAGGCAACAAACGGUAAAGCAAACAGUAUCGGUUCGCAUUAGAAUGCUAUGACGCGUCGGUUGUGUAGUCAGCCACUGUGGCUGAGCAGUGGCAAGAUGUUGAAAUGUGUAGAAACAAAAAUCGAGCCAAAGCACUAGACACGCAGAAACAUUUAGAUCGAUUUCAAAUUUAUCUUAAAGCAAUUAUAGUUUUCCCUCUUGAAUGUGCUUCCAAAUAGAUUGGCUUUAAAAUUAGUCAGGCUAGCAGACUGUGUGGAUUUUUUAAUACCGAUCAUUAAAAACUGCUUCACGUCAUCUCUAUUCUAAUGCAAGGAUAAUAUUUUUGUUCAACUCUACGGCGUAAAAUAACUUUUUCAAAUUAUCCAACACGGUAUUGAAAAUGCUCCCAAAAUGCUGUAUUUUUGACAAUUGUACAACAUCAGUACUUAUUCCGGGCAAUUAUCUGAGUCAAACGGAAAAAUGUAAACCAAACCCACUUUAAACGAACGGAAAUUUUAUCCGUAUUAUAGAAGUCUCAAGAUCCGUUGAACAUUUCAUUCAAUGACCCGAGACAAUGCUACCAAAUUGCACUGUCAAUAUUCUUACUUUGCAAAACAAACGUUAACGUGAAACAUAAGAAGCAUUAUAAAAACGUUUAACCAAUUUUAAGUUUGGUGUAAUUCUUUUAUUAUUUCUUUUUUUCGGGGAGCCUUUUCUAUCAGUGCACCAGCUUUGUUUUUCAUAUCUGUCCUGAAGUGAAACGGUGCUAUAAUUUUCACAAAUUCCCCUCAUUGUUCAUUUUAUUAUUUCCACACUUAUUUUUAAUGUAAUAAAUAAUAAUCAUUUCUUUUGUGAAUGUAAUUACUGGCAACUCGUCUUCUUCUUUAGCACAACCACCAUUGUCGGUCAAGGCCUGCCGGCCUGUACCACCUAUGGGCUUGGAUUUCAGUAACUUUUUGAUUACCAUAGCAAGAUAGUCAGUCCUACGUUUGAAGGCAUGGUCAAUUCGGGGCUUGAACCCAUGACAUGGGCAUGUUAUUAAAUUACUGGCAAUUAGUGUAGUAUAAUUUAACCAUAUCCUUCGUUCAGUUAGAGAUGUCGUAGAAGAGACAAAUCAUAAUACAAUAUCAGCAUUUUGAUACUUUGUCUCUAACGUUCGAAUCACAUAAUGGCACUUUUAGCGUUACGUUAUUGAUGUACAAAGCCUAAGUAAUGUUUUAUUUACUACAUUUUUUUAUCUUAAACUACAAUAUUCCGCAAAGUAGUUCUAUAGAUCUAUGUAAAGCUGCUUAACAGAGAAAAGCUCAAUUUACUAAAUUAGCUACUGUAUGCAGUUUACUUGAUUUAGUUGUUGAUGAUGAUGUACUUGAUUUUUGGUAUUUCUAUAGUGAAAUUCGAGACACAGCUUCACGAAUCGGGUUUACGCUCAAUUACUUUGCAUAGCCGCUAAAACCGAGACAUUGAUUCUAUAAGAUACACGAACUUUGCUAUUAAAUCGACUCUUUCUUGCAUAGUAACAAUGUGGGGCCGGUCUGGUGGUACAGUAGUUAACUCGUACGACUUAACAACACGCCCGUCAUGG